UAAUGUAUUUUUUAUUUGCAAUUCUUUUUUAUGGAGUUAUAGGCAUACAAUUUACUUUCCCAUUAAGAUCAAAGGAGUUGAAAUGCUUUGGAGAAAUUAUUGGUUAAAAUAGUUUGGUUGUUGGUUCUGUUUCAGCAAAUUCAAGUUAAUUUUCAUUAAAAAUACAUGUAUGAAAAAUAAUCAUAAACAAUAAGGUACCAUAAAAAAAGAAUGAUAACAUUUUACAGUAUGCUCAUAGUCUUGAAUUACAUAAAUUUUCAUUUACAACAAAUAACACUUAAGAAAAUUAUUAAUUUUGUAUACAUAACUUAGCAAAUGCUGGAAUUAGUUUUAAUUUUACAUUAGCUACAGGAAUGGAUGCAUAGGAUUUUUCUUUAGUAGCUUAAAAGGAAGACUUAAAACCAAUAGAAAUACACUUGAAGAAAUUGAAUGGAUUAAUAAAUUCAGUUGAAGUAAAUUAUUAAUUGUUAUUAAUUCUAGUAAGAAUAAAAAGAAAUAGAAGAAAGACAAGCAACAAGAUUUUCUAAUGUUAGCAAAAUUUCAUAUAAAAUUAUAAUCUUUAGUGUUGUUACAUUGAUUUUGAUGACUUUAACAAAUAUUGUUUAAGCUCGUUAAUUGAAGAAUUUCUUUAAAUAAAAAAAGCUUAUCUGA